AUGGCUGGAAAGGAAGGAAAAAAUCCUCUGCUUAGAGCUGGUGAUCAAAUGAUGACCAAACAUCCCUCUUGCAAAGCUGUCAUGCUCUUAGAUCUGGCUCUUGAAUAUGGUGCAAUUGACUUUGCAGAUGCUUUGGCUGACUUUGUCAUCCUCCACAAUCAGCCAAACCUCUAUCCCACACUUGCUUGCAAAGCCGCAAACAACCUCCUCAUCCUCUUUCAGAGACUUUCCAUCUUUCACAAGAUCAAAUUUUGGAACCAUGAUGCUUUUGAAUGUGAGGAGGGGUCAGACACCUUAGAUGUGGUCCACGUACGCAAUGCACGAAAGGACUGCCAAGGGCAUGCUGUACCUGGUUGUUUUGACACAGUGCUCAUUGAUGAUGGGUCUGUAGGCCCUCGCGGUAUGACAGGGCUCCGCAUUGCUCAAGUGCAUAUUGUUUUCAAGUUGUCCGAAACUGUCAUAGCCGAGCUGUUUGAGCCUACCCAUCUACCUCCACCGCAGCACUUUGCAUAUGUGGAAUGGUUCACAUCUUUUCUAUCUGCACCAGAUCCUGAUCAUGGACUAUACAUAAUCAAGUAUGCCAUGCAGAACGAAUGGCACAUUGCAAAAAUGACAGUAUAUUAUGUGAUCUCUGCCGCUCUGCAUCUCUACAUCAACUCCACAUGUGCUGCUCAACCACAACAAAUCUUCCUCCUACCACAACAACUAAUCACUUUACAAACAAUGAAGGACCCAGCACAAAGAGCACACCUUAAGCACCAACUGUCUCUUUGUACACAAUCCAUCCCUGCUGUGAUGCUGAGCCAAGACAUUAUUGAGACACAACAAUGUUCAAUUGACACUAUGCUAACUGCGACACACUGUGGCCUUAUGCAUUUGAAAGCCAUCGGAUCACCUAGAUACAGUUUUCUUACUUGUCUUUACUAUGAGUAUGAAAUUUCAUGCACAAGGCCAAAGUACAGUGUGGACAGACUAGACAAACCUGUUACACUGUGCUGCCUUCUCAGUUGGCCCUGCCUACAACAAUCUGGCAGGGAAGAGGAUGGCACACCUACGGUGGCAAGGUCCCCAUCACACUCUGCCUGGCCGAAAUGCAUGGUGAAAGGUCGAGAUUUUGGUACUCGACUAUUCAUAAUUGAUGAGAGGCGGUUCGGGUAUUUAGGGCAAACUUCCUGCCUGCUAAAGAGCUCACCGGUCAAUAACAAGAAGUCAACGACAGAGCGAUUCUCAACUUCAACGCGGACUGUCCCAGCCAACGAAGACUACAUACAGCUUAUCAAAGAGAUGAGGAGUCAAUUUGUGGGCCCUAUGCCCCCCAACACGUUUCUCAGAACUUUUAUGCCCAAGUCCGAAGGGAAUAGGCUAUCUAAGGGAUACCACGCCUUGUUCGCCGACCUCAAGAUCGAGAAGGGGUUUGAGAAGAACUUUAUACAGGCCGUCCGAGAGUCAGGGCUUUGCCCCGGUUUGCUCUUCGUCGACACAAACGACCAGAUAGAUGGGAACUUCCACCGAAAGCCAGACAUCUGUGUCUACAAGUCGGACCAUGAAUGGGCGAAGACCAACUUCCCGCUGAUGGAGUUUCAUAUUGAGCGCAAGCCCGACUCAUACGAUCCGUUUCACGAUCCACCGCAGGACAUGAAGAGAUCGCUUCGCGAAAAAUACCCUUUCGAACACAAUACUAUCAACGGCAAUCAUUCUCGUGAACAAAUUUCCUCAUAUACAGCUUCACAAUUCAGUGUCCAAUCUCGAGCAUUCACAUUUUCUCUCCUCUUCGUCGGCAAGUUUGUUCGAUUCAUUCGUUGGGACCGAGCGGGAGCCGUGGUUACCAGCCGUAUAGAUUGGAGGGAAAAACCUUGGUGCCUAGCGUCGUUCUUGUGGAGGUUCGGUCAUUCCUCUGAUAACGACCGAGGAUAUGAUACUUCGGUGUCAAUUCCGACCCAAGACGAGAUUCUGCGCACGAAAGCCGCCCUCAGGCAGCGAGCAAUAGAUGUUGCUGUGGCACAGGGCGGAAGUGAAAAGGAUAUAUUGACGUCCAUUUACUCGUCAGACGACACGUUUCGAAAAUUCCGUGUGGUCGAUGAUGGUCCGGACAGGCAAGAGCACUUUUUCGUCGCAUCUGUUCCACAGUGGUAUACGAGCAGUCCCACAGGAAGAGGAACGAAAGGGUACGAGGCACUGGAUGUUGCUACGGGGAAAAUGGUUUAUCUGAAGGAUACUUGGCGCUAUGUCGCGCUGGGAUUCGAAAAGGAGGGAGACACUUACCGAUUGCUCGAAGAGAAGAAAGUGCAAAGGAUUCCUCACCGAGUUUGCUCUGGUGAUAUCGAGGGGCAGGAGACACGCACUCACGAGUUUAUCAAGCAAAAAUGGUGCUGUCGUGUAGCUAUACAGCGCCACCAUCACUAUCGACUAGUCCUCGGAGAUUUGGGACGCCCGUUGAGUCAGUAUACCUCUACAAAGGAGCUUUCCCAAGUGAUGCUGGACACGAUUGAAGCCCAUCAGCAAGCAUUCAAUGCCGGGGUGCUGCAUCAGGAUAUCAGCGGUGGCAACAUCCUGAUAACAGACAAUGGCCGUGGCCUCCUCAUUGACUGGGAUCUGUCUCGAAGAACGGAGCUGGCUGUGCCCGCAGCCAGGUUGAAAUCGAGGACGGGUACAUGGCAAUUCAUGGCAUGCGCUCGUCUUCUUAAUCCUGGAAACAAGACGCAUGAAUUUUGGCAUGACCUUGAGUCGUUCUUCCAUGUUUUCCUAUAUCACGCGAUCCUCUAUCAGGCCAGCAGGAUUCCCACAACAGACGAUAGUUCACGGAUUUUCGAACAAAUUGAGGAAUUUUUCGAUUCAUCAAGCAUUCGUCUUGAUGUGCCAGACACUGGGGGUAAAUUCAAACUGUCAUUCUUCCAGCUCACUCCUACGCAUUUUGUUGAGCCCGACCUCUCAAAAUUCCUCAACGAAAUGCUACUCCGCAUCAUCUUCGAUCUCCGGGACCUGUUUGUCCCUCUCUAUAUUGCUCGUGGAACUCGAUCAAAACAUUCUACAGCGAACUCGUUACCUUCCCUUCAAGCAGCACAGGAUGAACUCAAAUCGUGUAGCUCACUAACCGAGAUAUUUAGGACUACGCUUCAACUUCAAGGCUGGACUGAAGAUAGAAGCGACGGUCUUUUCGGAAAACCGCCAAUCAACAGGAACAUCAAACGGUCCGCCAAACGAAAAGGCAAGGAUUCCGAAUUGGACAACAAGCCCAAGCAGAAGAAGAAGAAAUCCCGGGUAUCUCAGAAUGUGUCCGAGAUUGUCGUAUCUUCUCUUGUCCUUGGAUCCUCGAGCAUCGACGAAGAAUCAGAUAUUUCUGAUUCAUGA